UUAUUUUCAAAAGAAAAAACAAAACUGAAAUAUAUUUGUAGAAAAAGAAAAAAUUGAUUUAAAAAAAUGGAAAAUCGUGAAAAAGAAUCACCGGCGCGAACUAUUGAUUCAUGUGGUUCAACAGCAGCCAGUAUGGAAACAAUAGUUGAUCGUAAUAUUAAACAACAACAGAAUAAUAAUACAAAUCAUAUACAAGCACAAACAGCAGCUAUGGAAAAUAGUACAAAUGCAACAAAUUGCAAUAAAAAUAGUUUAACAAAUUCACAAAUAUCAAUGAUAUCGAAUAGUAAUAAUAAUGAUGAUAGUAUUUGUAGAAAUGAUUCAGUUCAACAUCAUAUAUACCAGAGUCCAGAUUUAGUAUUAGGAUCUGAAAAGAAAACAAUUAAAAAAUUUCGUGAAGAUAUAAUACCAAUAAAACCAUUGGAUGAAGAAGGUAAACGUAAAUUAGAAAUGUUAAAAACAGCUAAAAAGAAUGCAACAACAAUAAAUAAUUCAACAAAUAAUAUUAAUGGUAAUAAAAAUACAUCAAAUAUAAAAAAAUCAUCAAAUUCUACAUUACCACAUCAUAAAGUGAAACUGGUAUUACCAAAAAGAGAAUUUCCAAAAUUUAUAAUAUUGGGUAUUAUACAGCUAGUCCUUAGUGUAUCAUUGGUUGCUUUAGGCAGUUUAUUAUUAUUUAGAGAAGCGGCAUUAUCAACAACUGGUUCUGGUAUAUGGUCUGGUGGUAUUGCUGCAAUUGCUGGUGCUUUAGGUGUUAUAAAUGUUGGUAGAUCACGUGCUGGAUUUUUAGUUGCUAGUUUAAUAUGUGUUGCAUCAAGUACAUUAGCAAUGGCAUUAACUGGUACCGGUUUAAUACGUGAUAUUAAUGCAAUGGAACAAAAUGAAGAUUUUAAUUUAAUGAAUGCUGAAGCUGCUGUAUCAGCCGGUUGUGGGUUAAUAUUUGCAUUAGCUUUACAUUUUUUAAUAAGCAUUAUAUCGGUUUAUCAAUCAGCGAUUAAAUUAUGCUCAAGACGAGAUGAAACUGCUCAAUUAUUGGAAAAUAUUAUUUCUGCUAAUAAUUCAACAAUGUUAAAUCAACACAAAGUUGAAGAAUAUUUUAAUUCGAUGUCAGCAUCAGAAAAAGAAAAGGUUCUUUCUGGUGAAAACAUUGAUAAAUUAAUGGCUAUGUGGAUGUAUUCAGCUAAAAGAGCAUCUCCACCUCAACCACCUCCUGUGAAAAAAUCGCGACCAAUUAUGCUAGUUCCGGCUACAGCAGGAAAUGGGUUACCACCACAAAUGUUACCGCCAGGUUGUCGUAAUCCAGGAAUUUUAUUACCAGCUGCUGCAGCACCACCUCCACCACCACCAAAUGUUGGAUUUCCAUUUCCAUCACCAUAUGGUGCAACACCACCAAUGCCAGGUUCAUAUCGUAUUAUACAACCAGGUUCAAGACCAUCUUCAGAAAUUUAUGCAAAACAUAUUGUACAUUCACAACGUCAAAAUAGAACACGUCAAAAACGUUCAAGUAAAAUGGAUGCAAAUCGUCGACAACGUCGUAAAUCUGAUUCAGAUGCUGAAAAUCGUAAAGCAUUUACAUAUACUGGUUUAGAUCGAACUAUUGCUGAUAGUUUUUUAGAAAGACAAGAACAAUCAAAUAAUGGUAGUCAUGUAGAUUAUUUAACAUCAACAUCAUCAUCAAAUGAUUCAUAUAGAAGUGGAAAUAUUGGAAAACCAGUUUAAAAACAUAAAAUAAUUAUUAUAAUAUAGUUUAUAAAUAUGUAAAUACCAUAUACAUAAAUACAUGCAUACAUAUACAUAUAUAUAAACUGUAUCUACAAACAUUAGUAAUUAAUAAGCAGCUAUAUAUAUAUACCAUAAUUGUAGAAAUAAUGUAAUAUUAUAGUUAAUGUACCACAAAGAAAAAUUGCAUAGUUUGUAGCUCCAUUCUGUAUCCCAGUCAAAUUCGUAGUCACUUUCAAAUCACAGCUCUGUUUACAUAUAUGUAUAGCUAUAUAUGUAUGUCAUUUUUCCAAUAAGAUUUAGUUGUUUGUUUGCAUAUAUGAUUACGCAUAUCCAGUAAAAAUGUUAAAAUAUCCAAUAAACUUAUAAUUUUCUUGGACAAAGUAACUGAGUUCUGACUGAAUUUUGCACAAAUACAGUUUUGUACGCUUUCUUUGUACUUGAAAAUUAUAUUAGGAGAAUAAGUAUAUCGUAAUAUGAUACUCAUUCAUUUCUUCCUACCCGAAAAGUGGAAAUGUGAAAUACAAUAUGUGGCUCUAAAUUUUGGUUUUAUAUUAAUAUUUCCAAUAAAUAUUUCACAUCAUCUGAUUCCACAAAAUUAUUUUUUAAAUAUAUAGGACCAUUUAACUUAUUUUCAGGAAAUGUAAUUACAUAAUAUGGAAAUCUAUAUUAUGCGACUCUUAAAAUGUUAAAAAUUUUAAUUUUAAAGUUGAAUUAUUUUAAAAAAUUGUUGGCCAAUUUCACAGUACAUGUUAGAUUAAUAAAAUUACUAUUAAAUUAGUUUAAUCAAAAUUAAUAAACUGUUAAGUACCUACAUCGCUUUUCUUAUUUGUUGUAAAACUAUUAGCACUAAAAUUGCAUUAACCAUAACUUUUAUACAGAAAAAUCGCAAUUUUUCUUUGUGCUCAGGAAUUGUAUAAUAAAAUAAAAAAAAAAUUAUUAAAUUUAAUAAGCGUAAAUAAUUUUUUUUUUUUCAAUUUAAAACUUAAAAAUAUCAUAGAGAUAACAAUAAUAAUUGCUUUGUUUCGGAACCAAAAACAAAAAAAAAAGGAUAUGAAAUCAAAUUUAUUAAAAAACAAAAAAAAACCAUCGAGCUAGAUUCCAAGUAAUUGCAAAGAAAAUAAAUUUGAUUUUAUGAUCCUUUUGUGGUUAUUUGAUCCUUUUAUUGUUUUUGAUUCAUAAUUUUAAAUUAUUAUUUUCGUUUUAAGUACAUAAAUAUCUUUACUAUUUUAAUGAUGGCGCGACAAAAGAUUUUUUUAACUAGAUUUUUGUAUUCUAUGUUUAAAUUUAUUUUUUUAAGAAUUGAAUAAAAAAAUUCUUUAAGUGCAAUAGUUAUUGCAGUUUUUUUAUUGUAUCUAUCAGUCGCAUAUAUAGGUAAAAUUCUGUUAUACUUGCAAAUAACUUUAAUAAAAAUAAUAUUAUUAAGAUCUUUGUUUUUAUUAA